AUGGCUUCGCACAAAAGAAGUGAGGACCCCUUAUUCGACAAGAAGCCCUCUAGCCAGGAUUGUGAUAGCAGUACUUCAACAAUCACUUCAGAAAAUGCCGCAGAAACUCGACACGCAGUCGGAUUAAUCGACGAGGAGGAAAUCGAAAAUCUCCAGCGUAUUGCCACUCAAGCGUCACAACGCCGGUCUAGUGUCUUUUCACAUCAUGCCCCUACGAGAACUGCUACGCUGGCUACCAUCUCCGAAAAUGACCCGGCGGUUGACCCUCAAGGGCCCUCGUUCGAUCUGAAUAAGUGGCUGAAGAUGAUUCUUCGAGAGUAUCAAAGAGAGGGGAGAGAAGGCCACCGGACUGGUAUCGUUUUCAAGAACCUCACGAUCUCCGGAACUGGGGCAGCGCUGCAGCUCCAGGAUACGGUUUCAUCCAUGCUGUCCGCCCCUCUUCGCAUCGGUGAAAUGAUGCAACAACGGCGGUCGCCACCCAAGCGGAUUCUAAACGAGUUUAAUGGCUUGAUGAAAAGCGGCGAGUUGCUUCUCGUGCUAGGUCGUCCAGGAUCUGGCUGUAGUACCUUCCUCAAGUCUCUUUGUGGAGAGCUACAUGGCCUAUCUUUGAGCAACGAAAGCGUUAUCCACUAUGAUGGUGUUCCCCAGAAACGAAUGGUUAAGGAGUUUAAGGGAGAGGUGGUGUACAACCAAGAGGUCGACAAACACUUUCCUCAUUUAACCGUCGGACAGACCCUCGAAUUUGCCGCCUUAGCAAGAACCCCAGCACAACGAAUCCGUGGCAUGACUCGCGAAGAGUUCGCCAAGCAUAUGACCCAGGUCAUCAUGGCAGUUUUUGGCUUGAGCCACACCUACAAUACCAAAGUCGGAAACGAUUUCGUCCGCGGAGUCUCUGGUGGCGAGCGCAAGCGUGUCAGUAUCGCAGAGAUGGCCUUGGCUCACGCUCCUCUGGCAGCGUGGGACAACUCCACCCGUGGCCUAGAUUCUGCAACGGCAUUUAAGUUCGUGCAGGCACUACGUUUGUUCGCGGAUCUCGCCGGUUCUGCCCAUGCGGUGGCGAUCUACCAGGCUAGUCAGAGCAUCUACGACAUUUUCGAUAAAGUGGUAGUCCUCUACGAAGGGCGUCAGAUCUACUUUGGUCCUGCAAGGAAAGCAAAGGCUUACUUCGAACGUCAAGGAUGGGAAUGUCCUCAGCGACAGACCACAGGAGACUUUUUGACAUCGGUGACCAAUCCCACUGAACGAAAAGCACUCCCGGGUAUGGAAAACCAGGUUCCUCGUACUGCUGAGGAUUUUGAAGCAUACUGGCGCAAGUCCCCUGAAUUCCAGCAACUUCAAGCUGAGAUUGCCCGUCACGAGCAGCGUCAUCCCUUGGAAGAGGCCGGAGCUGCCCUUGCAAGCUUUCAACAAAAGAAGCGCGAAAUUCAGGCGAAACAUACUCGUCCCCAGUCUCCCUAUCUUCUCAGUGUGCCCAUGCAGAUCAAGCUCAACACCAAGAGGGCGUAUCAACGAGUGUGGAACGAUAUCUCUUCCACUGUGUCAACUGUGAUCAGUCAAAUUAUCAUGGCCUUGAUUAUCGGAUCGGUGUUUUACGGAACACCUGAUGCGUCUGUAGGCUUCCAAGCCAAAGGUGCCACUUUGUUCUUCGCCGUCUUACUCAACGCUCUCAUUGCAAUGUCGGAAAUCAACAGUCUUUACUCGCAGCGUCCAAUUGUGGAAAAACAUAACUCCUACGCCUUCUAUCACCCAGCAACAGAAGCUAUUGCAGGUGUCGUCAGUGAUAUACCGGUCAAGUUUGUCAUAGCAGUCGUGUUCAACCUCAUUCUCUACUUCAUGGCGGGACUUCGCAGAGAGGCAGGUCAAUUCUUCCUCUAUCUGCUGGUAACAUUCAUCGUUAUGUUCGUUAUGAGCGCAGUCUUCCGUACAAUGGCGGCUAUAACACAGACAGUCUCGCAAGCGAUGGGUUUGGCAGGAAUACUAAUCUUGGCCCUGAUUAUCUACACGGGGUUUGUGAUUCCUGUUCCUUCGAUGCAUCCUUGGUUCGAAUGGAUUCAUUAUCUGAACCCUAUCUUUUACGCAUUUGAGAUCCUAAUUGCCAACGAAUUUCACGGACGCGAUUUCAUUUGCUCUCAAUUUAUCCCCGCAUAUCCUAGCUUGCCUGGUAGCUCCUUUGUUUGCUCCUCUCCCGGCUCAAAGGCUGGCCAACGCUCAAUCAGCGGUGAUGAUUAUAUACAGGUCAACUACCAAUACAGCUACGGGCAUGUGUGGAGGAAUUUCGGCAUCCUGAUCGCUUUCCUCGUUGGAUUCAUGCUAAUCUACUUCAUCGCCACGGAGCUAAAUUCCUCUACUAGCAGCACUGCCGAGGUUUUGGUCUUUCGUCGUAAUCACGAGCCGGCACACAUGCGCGCCGGUGCGAAGAAACCCGAUUCUGAGAACGCGGUGGAGCUCAAUACUAUGAAGCCAACCGCAGAGAGGAGUGAGGGCGAUGUGUCUGCCAUACCUCCACAGAAGGACAUCUUUACUUGGAGGGAUGUUUGCUAUGAUAUCGAGAUCAAGGGAGAGCCCCGACGGCUAUUGGAUCAUGUUUCCGGAUGGGUCAAGCCAGGCACGUUGACUGCCCUUAUGGGUGUUAGUGGUGCAGGGAAAACCACUUUGCUAGAUGUGUUGGCUCACCGAACCUCUAUGGGUGUCAUUACGGGUGAUAUGUUUGUGAAUGGCCGAGGCCUUGAUCAAAGCUUCCAGAGAAGCACCGGUUACGUUCAACAGCAGGAUCUACAUCUGGAAACCGCUACAGUGCGCGAGUCACUUCGAUUCAGCGCAAUGCUUCGCCAACCCCCUAAUGUAUCUGUCAAGGAAAAAUAUGAUUAUGUGGAAGACGUGAUCCGCAUGUUGAAUAUGGAGGAGUUCGCUGAAGCGGUAGUUGGUGUGCCUGGCCAAGGAUUGAACGUUGAACAGCGUAAGCUGUUGACAAUAGGUGUGGAACUGGCUGCAAAGCCUAAGCUCUUGCUCUUCUUGGAUGAACCCACUAGUGGUCUUGAUUCUCAGAGCUCCUGGGCUAUUUGCUCUUUCCUCCGAAAGCUCGCCGACAGCGGACAAGCCGUUCUGUGUACCAUUCAUCAGCCUAGUGCUAUUCUCUUCCAACAGUUCGACCAACUUCUGUUCCUUGCACGUGGCGGAAAGACCGUUUACUUUGGCCCAAUUGGCGAGAACUCUGCUACUCUCCUUAACUACUUCGAGACAAAUGGGGCGCGCAAAUGCGCUGACGAUGAAAACCCUGCUGAGUGGAUGCUGGAAAUCGUGAAUGCCGGAAAGAAUUCCGAGGGAGAAAACUGGUUCGACGUGUGGAAGCGGAGCAGCGAGUCUCAGGCGGUGCAGACCGAGAUUGAUCGGAUCCAUAAGGAGCAGCAGGCGAAGACACAGGCUAAUGAUCAAGAUAACUCAGCGUGGGCCAAGUCGGAAUUCGCCAUGCCUUUCUGGUUGCAGCUAUACCACGUCACUUAUCGUGUCUUCCAACAGUAUUGGCGCAUGCCGGAAUACAUCGCAUCCAAAUGGAUUCUAGGCAUCCUCUCCGGUCUUUUCAUUGGCUUUUCGUUCUUCCAGGCAAAGUCUUCACUCCAGGGAAUGCAGACUAUCCUGUACUCGCUGUUUAUGCUGUGUUCCAUUUUCUCGUCUUUGGUUCAACAGGUUAUGCCGUUAUUCGUGACUCAACGAUCCCUCUAUGAAGUCCGUGAAAGACCCAGCAAAACCUACUCAUGGAAAGCCUUCCUAAUCGCCAACAUCAUCGUCGAAAUCCCAUACCAGAUCGUGAUGGGCAUCCUAACAUACGCCUGUUACUACUACGCAGUCGUCGGAGUCCAAGGCUCCGAGAGACAGGGGCUCGUCCUCCUCUUGUGCAUCCAAUUCUUCAUUUACGCCAGCACCUUCGCCCAUAUGUGCAUUGCCGCAAUGCCUGACACCGAAACUGCAAGUGCCGUCGUUGUCCUCAUUUUUGCUAUGUCCCUCACUUUCUGCGGUGUUAUGCAAACCCCGACCGCGCUACCCGGAUUCUGGAUCUUCAUGUACCGUGUGUCCCCCUUCACCUACUGGGUAGCAGCAAUGGCUUCCACUCAGCUGCACGAUCGCGCAGUUAAGUGCUCCCCAGCGGAGAUGUCCAUCUUUGAUCCUCCGUCCGGCCAAACUUGCGGCGAGUAUCUCUCUCCAUUCCUUCAAAUGGCCGGUGGUCAGUUGACGAACCCGAACGCCACCUCCGACUGCAGCUACUGCUCGGUGGAAGUCGCAGACACUUUCCUGGGCACCGUCAACAUCAAUUGGAGUGAGCGCUGGCGCAACUUCGGCAUCAUGUGGGUGUACAUCUUCUUUAAUAUCUUCAUGGCAACAAUGCUGUACUACUCGUUCCGAGUCAAGAAGUGGAAUCUGGACAGCUUGAAAGAACGAUUCUCUAAGAAGAAGUCUGGUUAA